AAUAGAUACUCACCUGUAGUUCUAAUCCGGGAUGUGAUUUCCUCUAAGCCACGGAGAAUUACGGUAGGUGACCCACCUGUUCUCCAAGCAUGGAUUGCUACUGUGAUACAUAAGUGACGCCCCAGUCCCCUGUUUGUCAGCUCAAAUACAUCUAGCUAUCGUUUAGUAUACUCGCCCUCCUCCUCCACAAUGCCACUUACCGACGUCCAAAAAGAUAUCAUCAAGGCGUCCAUUCCCGUCUUGAAGACCAGUGGUGUGGAAUUGACCACCCGUUUCUACGCGCACUUAUUGGAAAACCACCCUGACGUCCGCCCGUUCUUCAACAAGGCCCACCAAAUCACCAAAUCCCAGCCAAAGAUCCUCGCCUUUGCGCUUGUUGCAUAUGCCAAAAAUAUCGACGAUUUGACACCGCUCUUGCCGUUUGUACACAAAAUUGUUGUCAAGCACAUCGGGCUCCAGGUCCAGGCAAGGCACUAUGACGCUGUCGGCACCUCGCUCUUGCACACCUUGCACGCAUUUUUGGGUGGCGACGCUGUUGCUACUCCAGAAUUUAUGGGGGCCUGGAAGGUUGCCUACUAUGACUUGGCCAACAUCUUGAUUGAGGCCGAAAAGAGCGGGUACGAGAAGCAGCAGGCGGAAGCCAACUCAUGGGCUGGUUUCCGCGACUUCCAGGUAUCCCAGAUCGUCGACGAAUGCAAGGAUGUCAAGUCUGUGUACUUCAAGCCGGUUGGCGGUAACCCAAAAUUGGUCCAGCCAUUACCGGGUCAAUAUGUCUGUGCCAGAUGGACCAUCAAUGGUGCAGAAACCUCCCGUGAGUACUCCUUGUCCUUGCCAGACGUCGCAGAAAACACCUCCCAUUUCCGUAUUUCCUGUCGUCGUGAUACCAACAACGGUGUCGUUUCAAACUUUAUACACUCAGAGUUAAAGGUCGGCGACGUGGUCAAAAUCACGCCUCCGUGUGGCGACUUUGUCUACCAAAAGCCAGUGGAAAAGACUGGCUUGAGCCUCUUCGUGGGUGGUAUCGGUAUCACCCCAGCUUUAUCCAUCAUCAAGACUGCCUUGGCUGACGAUUCCACGAAAGAUGUCAGAUUAUUCUACUCCAAUAGCGACGCCGAAUGCCGUGCUUUUGCCGACCAAUUACACGCAGUGGCCGAGGCCCACCCUAACUUCAAACUAAUUGAGUUUGUCAGUGCUGGGAACGCGAAGGAGAGUGACUCUGUCAAUCACACCGUUCACAACCGCCGUUUGGCCGAAACUGACUUUGACUUUGUCACCAAUGCGCUUGACUACUAUGUGUUGGGUCCACAGAGCUACAUGAAGUUUGUCACUGCAGCUAUUGGUGCCAAGGGUGUCACCGCUGAGAUCCGCACCGAAAGCUUUACCGUCACCUCCGCCUAGGCG